ACGUGACAGGGCCGCCCGGCCCCGCUCGCGCAGUCGUCCGGGCGAGCGAAGAUGGCGGCUGAGAGGGAACCUCCUCCGCUGGGGGACGGGAAGCCCACCGACUUUGAGGAGCUGGAGGAAGGAGAAGACCUGUUCACCAGCACUGUCUCCACCCUAGAGUCAAGUCCAUCAUCUCCUGAGCCAGCUAGUCUUCCUACAGAAGACGUUAGUGCAGACUCCAAUGGUCCCAAACGGGCCGAAGCUGUGCUAGAUGAUGACAGAGAAGAUCUUUUUGCAGAAGCCACAGAAGAAGUUUCUCUGGACAGUCCCGAAAGGGAACCUAUCUUCUCCUCAGAACCGUCUCCUGCAGUCACGCCUGUGACACCUACUACACUCAUUGCACCCAGAAUUGAAUCAAAGAGUAUGUCUGCUCCUGUGAUCUUUGAUAGAUCCGGGGAGGAGAUUGAAGAAGAAGCAAAUGGAGAUGUUUUCGAAAUUGGUGUAUCAGAUCCAGAGAAAGUUGGAGAUGGCAUGAAUGCUUACAUGGCAUAUAGAGUAACAACAAAGACUUCUCUUCCCAUGUUCAGUAAGAGUGAAUUUUCAGUUAAAAGAAGAUUCAGUGAUUUUCUUGGUUUGCAUAGCAAGUUAGCAAGCAAGUAUUUACAUGUCGGUUAUAUUGUGCCACCAGCUCCAGAAAAGAGUAUAGUAGGCAUGACCAAAGUCAAAGUGGGUAAAGAAGAUUCAUCAUCCACUGAGUUCGUAGAAAAACGGAGAGCAGCCCUUGAAAGGUAUCUUCAAAGAACAGUAAAGCAUCCAACUUUACUACAGGAUCCUGACUUAAGGCAGUUCUUGGAAAGUUCAGAGCUGCCUAGAGCAGUUAAUACACAGGCUCUGAGUGGAGCAGGAAUAUUGAGGAUGGUGAACAAGGCUGCCGACGCUGUCAACAAAAUGACAAUCAAGAUGAAUGAAUCGGAUGCAUGGUUUGAAGAAAAGCAACAGCAAUUUGAAAAUCUGGAUCAGCAACUUAGGAAACUUCAUGCCAGUGUUGAAGCCUUGGUCUGCCAUAGAAAAGAACUUUCAGCUAACACAGCUGCCUUUGCUAAAAGUGCUGCCAUGUUAGGUAAUUCUGAGGAUCAUACUGCUUUAUCUAGAGCUCUGUCUCAGCUUGCCGAGGUUGAGGAGAAGAUAGACCAGUUACAUCAAGAACAAGCUUUUGCUGACUUUUAUGUGUUUUCAGAACUACUUAGUGACUACAUUCGUCUCAUUGCUGCAGUGAAAGGUGUGUUUGACCAUCGAAUGAAGUGCUGGCAAAAAUGGGAAGAUGCUCAAAUUACUUUGCUCAAAAAACGUGAAAUUGAGGCAAAAAUGAUGGUUGCUAACAAACCAGAUAAAAUACAGCAAGCUAAAAAUGAAAUCAGAGAGUGGGAGGCAAAAGUGCAACAAGGAGAAAGAGAUUUUGAACAGAUCUCUAAAACAAUUCGAAAAGAAGUGGGAAGAUUUGAGGCAAAACGGGUGAAAGAUUUUAAAACUGUUAUUAUCAAGUACUUAGAAUCACUAGUACAAACACAACAACAGCUGAUAAAAUACUGGGAGGCAUUCCUACCUGAAGCCAAAGCCAUUGCCUAGCACGAAGGGUCAAGAUCUUGUGAUCAUGGACCAGAACUGUCUUUAAGUUUCCUGUGGGAUACACGUUCUUCCAGUCUCUGCCAGCCUACAACUGGCUGCUAAAACAAGAAAAGAACUCAUCACAGUUCUAUGCACAGAAAUUAUUGGUAGACUACCUACGGACUACAGAUAAUGUCCAAAUUAUCCAGAAUCUGGUCUCAAACUACUUUUCCUGCCUUGAUCUCACCCCUUACCUUCACCCAGCUUUUGCUCUAAUCACAUGAUGUCCCUGUCUUUUGAGCAUGCUGUCUCUCUUCUGGUCAUUGGGAUUGUUGAGGUUCCUUUGUCUGAGUUCCUUUUUCCCUGUUAUUAGCAAUUGUUUGAAUAGUAUCCAUUUAUUAAACUUGAAAGCCAAAAGUCCACAUCUUCCAUAUAUCCUUAGUCUCCUAAGGAAGGAGGCAAGGAAGCUCUCUCAUCUCUCAGGAGGACUCUAGUAACACUUUGCACCUUUCAACUGUAGUAUCUACCUUGCAUUAUAAUUGUCUGGUCCUACUGCUUUGCCCAGGCUGUUUGCAUCUUGAGGAAUGACUGCCCUUGUUAUUUCUUGUAGAGUCUGCUGUGGCACGGCCAACAGAGUGAAGGAGUGACUGGGAACAUGGUAAUGCACAUAGCCUGCCAGUUUGAACUCUGGCUCAAUCUACACCAUUGACUUUGAGCCCACUUAUUUUUCUCUAAACUGUAGUUUCCUUAUCUGUAAACUGGAAAGUAAUCAUAGUACCUAUUUAGGUCCUUCUUAAGGGGAUUAAGGUAAUUUAUAUGAAUUUUUCAGCAAGUGCCUAAUUUUCAGCAAUUUAUAUGAAUUUUUCAGCAACUAAGCAUCCAUUGUUUCCUGAAUUAUACCUCAGUCAGUCUAAACAAAGUACCUGCAUUUUGAUUGUGUCACUAGUGUUUAGGGCUUCUUCAAAAUAAUGGGUGUAUGCUUGAAAAGGGUCUGAAUGGGCUUACUGGGAAGGUUCCCUUUGCAGAACAGUCUGCUCCUGAAAUCUCUUGGAGUCCUGGAGCUGAGGAUCAGAGGUGAAGGGGGAAAAUGAGUAGUCAAAAUCAGUGACAGAAGUUUAGAACUACUCCCACUAAAAAGAUACUCCAGUUAAAUGAGUCUUGUCAGGAAAUGAGCUACAGACCUUUAAAGAAGCCUGGGAACAGUGGAAAAGAAGGGUGAUAGGGUAAUGUGGCAAUUGCUUAGAAAAGAGUAGUUUAUUUCCACACUCAAACACAUAACCCUAAAUGUGUGCUAAGGGAAGUAGUAAUGCAGGAAAAAAAGAUCGUGAUGACAAUGGAGCAGCAGUCAUCCAGCCCAGUGAUGGUGAGGGUCUGGCCACUGCAGUGGAAGUAGAAAAGGAGAUAGCUUAGGAAAAUGGAAAUAAACAGGCAACUUUCAUUCAUUCAUUCAUUGAGUAAGCCGCUGCGCAGUCUCUACUACGUGUCAGGCACGGAAGCAAUGGUUUGGGUGUCAGAAAAGGACAAGGCAGUUGUUGGGGGUGAUGCCCAGGUUUCUGGCUUUGUUGACAGAAUACUGUCGCUUUGAUUGACAUAGUACGUGUAGGCUGGAAGGAAGGUGAAAUGCAUAGGGGCCUGUUGUUUUUAAAGUGCCUUUGGACAGCCAACAUGAAAAUGUAUGAAAACAGAAGCCAGAUGAGAUUACUGCAUCAUCAACUCAGAAAUGCAAAAAUGCUCCAUGCCUUAAAACCAUGAGUAUUAAUGAAGUCAUUCUCAGAGAACAAAGAGAACGAGAUGAGCCUGUUGUGGACAAAAUUAGUUUUACAAUGGGUAAAACUAGUAUCUAAGGGAUGAAUGGAAGUGACUAAGUCAGGUAGAAGGAAAGAGCCUCACAGAAAGAAGUAGGGUUGUUCCUCUGAACAAAAAGGAAGGGGGGAGGGGUGUACUUGGAAAUAAAGCAGGAACACUUUUAUUUUGCUGGUGAAACAGGAAAUUAAGCCAUCAUCAGGGAGUGAGGUUAGCAAGAAAGCCAGAGAAGACUGGAGGCCAGAGAAGACAAGGCCAAAGAAGAAUGUCCAUCUGUGCGUAAAACUGUUAAUACUCCAGAAUCUCUCGCCUGGCUUUAGUGCAUCUCCAUAUAAACAGGGGUUCCUAAGGGGUGGAGAGAGAGAGAGUCCAUCUCCAUAUCAGUGGGUAAUUUCCUGGGCGACCUAGGGUUUACCUGAACCUGAGAGGUUGGGAGAAGGUUUGGCUUGCUUGUGCCGGAGCGGAGAGAUGGCCCCUGGACCACAGUUUGUAAGCAAUAAACGGGUGUUAAACUUUGUUUCUCCCUUUGACUGAUUUCGGUUUCAGCUACGUAUUUUGCUCUGGGAUUUCCUCUCCCCGGAGUUACACCGUCUUUAGAAAACAACAGAGAUGAUGAGUAAGAGGAGUAUUGAUGACUAGUAGCUUUCAAGUGAGUUUGGAAAUCAUGAAUUUACAAUGAAGCAAUCCAAGGAAAGCUUCUGUUUGUUCAGCAGGACCUACAACAUUGUUGGACUCUUUCAGGAUCAGGGAUUGUUGGUGGAUGUGAGAGAAAGUCAAGAGGAAAGGGACUUGAAAUAAAAAUUUUAAGGAGUAGAGAUAAAAUAAAGCUAGAGAGGUGACAGGCACAAAUUGGGGGAUGUAGAUGUGAAAAGGUGAAAGAAUAGAUUUUCUGGAAAUAAGGGACUAGGAGAGAAAGUAGUGAAAGAAGGAAACCUAAGUUUCAGAAAUGAUAUUGACUUUUAGUGUAUUGACAC